AUGAAAUUCUUGGAUCUCCUUCAAGCUUACUCACUCGGCUCCGAGUGUGACUUCCCCUGGUUUGUGAGUCGGAUGCAUGAAAACUCUCCUGGCCUCCAUAUCGUACGAUUCGAUUCGAUUCUUCCUUACAUGUACAGGGUUUACAGAAUCUGAUGAUGGAUGAUUCCGCUAUUCUUUUUUCUCCACUUUUGCACUUCCUUUUAGCUUAUCCCCUGAUGGCGGCAUGGCGCCUCUCGUUCUUCCUUUGGCCAUCCUGUUGGCCUUGCAACCAUGUUGUGUUGCUGGCUUUGGUUUGACCAAUCUCCUUCCUUCCAACAAUGACCAAAGGAAGAAGAGAUUGCGUUUUUUGGCAACAAGGAGCAAUGAGGAAAGCUCUUCGUCUGUUGCAUCUACUUUUGAGGAGAUUGCACGUGGCGGCCAAGCCGAGCUGUUGCUGUCCCACUCAUCAGUAUCUUCCUACUUUGAACCAGAGAGCAGAAAAGGCAAAUUGUUGAGACUGGCAAAUCAAUGUCGACACAGCUAUCUUACGACAGGAAUUGCGCACAUUCCACAGUUUGUCAGACUCGAUUUGGUAGACAAAAUGGUGGAGGAAGCCAUCAAUUUGCAGCAACGAGAAGAAUGCUUUUAUAGUACGGAAGAUCACACUGUCUAUCAAGAACCAAACGAUUCCAGUUUUGCCCAAGAUCAUCCUCGAAAUGCUCUCCAGCGCAGCUCCAAAUGGAUUAUUGAUUUUGACCGAAUUGACCAAGGGAGUUCUCCGUUGGCCAUUCUCUACAAGUCGCCGGAACUCAAAGCCUUUGUCUCCUAUGUGGUUCGGUCUGAUUCGGAAAUUAAGGACGAUGCACUUUACACUAGUGGCUGUCCAUACAAUGCGGCUUACUACAACCUUUACGAACCUAACGAUGGUUUGGGAUGGCACUUUGAUAAAAGUCAGUUUGGAGUCAAUCUGGAGUUGCAACCUGGAGAACUUGGAGGAGACUUUGAAUUGUGCUGGAAUACCCGAGAGGAUGACAGUGCCUGGUGUUUUGACAAGGUUCAAAACGUUCUCGACGUGUCGGACGACGCCCAUUCACCAGUGGCACAACGGAUACAAGAUCCACCAGUGGGGCCAGGAUCUCUGGUGUUCUUCGCCGGGGCCAGAAAUUUGCAUCGAGUGACACCCGUGGUAUCUCAAAAGCCUCGUAUCAAUGCCAUAAUGACGUUUGAAACGCAACCUAACCAAAGACCCAAUGCCUAUUCUCUCAAAAAGUUCUUUGGGAGAUAGCAUCAGCGAGAGAAAGGUUGGAUAUGGGGAAUUCGCUAUGGCAUUAAAAAUUAUUGUUGAUCACUUUUAGUACUUCAUCAUCAAACGUGGGUUUGCAACACAACAAAUAGAGAAAAAAACACCCAACUCAGAGCCAACCAACCACACUGAUAAUGGGCCCCCUUCCUUUUGUAUUAAAGUCUGUCGGACAAUGACUAGAGCUAAUCGUCUUGGCUCUUUGAUGUGGCUCAUGCUGGAUCAAAACUAACUCAGAUCGAAUGUGAUAUCGUCAGGAAGAGGAAACGUUGUGAUUGGUUUGCUGUGUCUUGGUGGGGAUGAACUUGAACCGGGUUCGAAAUGUCCUGCUUUCGUCGUAGUUGUGCGAAAACUUGAUCUCACACCUGAUUAUAGCGUUCUGUGAAGCCAUCAAUGCAUCAAAAUAGUAUUCACGUUGUGCUUGAAU